GGAGGUCAUCACCAUCCUCCUAUCUCUCCAUUCUCAUACUUCCAUACCUUCUUCCCUCGAUCCUUUACUCUGUUGUCCUCUUGGCCAAGCAAAUGGCCCUUCCUCUUGUGACUGAGGAGUGCGAGGCUGUCAUCAGGGCCUUCUCAGGACUUGGAGGAUUGGGAGUGGACGAGAAGGCGCUGGUGUCGGCGUUGGGGAAGUGGCGGCGUCAGCCGGAGAAGCGGGCGCAGUUGAGGAAGAGCUUCGUCGGCUUCUUCACCGCCGACGGCAGCUUCGAGAGGUGCGAGGAUGAUUACAUCCGCUACCUCAAGAACGAAUUCGCCCGUUUCAAGAACAUUAUGGUGCUAUGGGCAAUGCAUCCAUGGGAAAGGGAUGCAAGGUGGGUUCACCAUGUGCUGCACAAGCCGCUUCCUUUGGACAUCAUAGUGGAGAUCGCUUGUACUCGAUCGUCAGAAGAGCUGCUUGGGGCAAGGAAAGCAUACCAUGCCCUAUUCCACCAUUCUCUAGAGGAAGAUGUUGCAUACCAUGUCAGGGAAAACUACUCCAAUCUUUUGGUCAGACUUGUGAGUGCGUACAGGUACGAAGGCAAUCGGAUAAAUAAGGAGAUGGCAACAUCAGAGGCCGAGGCUCUUUAUAGUGCAAUAAAAACUCCAGGUGUGAAGAAGCUUGUAGAGAAUGAGGAGGUAAUAAGGAUAUUGACCACCAGAAGCAAGCCGCAUCUUAGGGUGACCUUCAAACACUACAAGGAAAAGUAUGGGAAGUCAAUUGAGGAGCAUUUAGGCGAUGAGUUGUGCUUACGAGAAACAGUUCAAUGCUUGGAUUCCCCUCCUAAAUAUUUCAGCAAGGUAAUUAAUAAGGCUUUGAAGGAUGGAGCUGAUAAAAACACAAAAGAUGCUUUGACUCGAGUUAUUGUAUCCCGAGCUGAUGUGGAUAUGAAGGAGAUCAAAGAAGCAUAUCACCAGCAAUAUGGAGCUGAACUUGAAGAUGUGAUAUCAAAGAACACACUUGGCAGCUACAGGGAUGCGCUGCUUUCCUUAGCUGGACAGUGAGAAUUGUGCCUCUAGUUAUCCAUCCAAACUUAGAUACAAGGCCUUCAGCCAGUCAUACCUGGUUGUUUGUCUCCUUACCAGAGUUCGUAUCGUAUUCGUAUCAUGUCAUUAUUCUGUUGAUGUCUGGCAAUUUGUAUGAGGAUGAAUAAAAAGCUUUUACUUGUAAUUGAGAUGAACUAAAGCUCUAUGUUUUGCUCAUAAAAUGCAGUCUCGUUUUGCAAAA